GGAAGCCUAUUAACUGGAUUUGACAAAGAUGGAUGAGGAAGAGAUGGAGAGAAGGGAGGCAGCCACGGAUGAAGGAACAGACACUGCCAUAGAAGCAGAUGAAAACAAGUUGGAAGAGCGAAAGGUCUCAUGGUCAAAGCUCCGCCGUGUAGACUCUCUCAAUUUGGAGGCUGGACGAGUUUCUACUGCCGGAGGCCACACCUCCAAGGUAGAUUGGAGGAGAACGUUGAGUUUAGCAUUUCAGAGCAUAGGGGUGGUAUAUGGAGAUAUAGGGACCUCUCCGCUCUAUGUGUUUUCCAGCACUUUCACCGAUCAUAAGAUUGAGAACACAGACGACAUUCUUGGGGUGUUGUCACUCGUCAUCUAUACCAUAGUCCUUGUGCCUCUGCUGAAGUAUGUUCUUAUCGUGCUGCGAGCCAACGACAACGGGGAUGGUGGAACAUUUGCACUCUAUUCCUUGAUAUGUCGUUACGCAAGGGUGAGCUUAAUUCCAAAUGAUCAACCAGAGGACAGACAACUAUCCAACUACAAAUUGGAUACUCCAUCCAACCAGUUGAGACGUGCCCAAAAGAUUAAAGAGAAGCUUGAGAAUAGUAGAACUUCCAAGAUUGUGCUUUUCAUUGUUACCAUCUUAGGAACUUCCAUGGUGAUUGGAGACGGGGUUCUGACUCCAUGCAUCUCAGUCCUUUCUGCUGUGAGUGGGAUAAGUUCUCUAGGCAAAGAUGCUAUAGUGGGGAUUUCAGUAGCGAUCCUGAUCUUGCUCUUCUCUGCUCAACGUUUUGGCACUGAUAAAGUGGGCAUCGCCUUUGCCCCUGUCAUUCUGUUGUGGUUUACCUUCAUAAGUGGUAUCGGUCUCUACAACCUAUUCAAAUAUAACGUGGGAGUACUGCGUGCAUUCAAUCCCAAAUAUGCCGUAGAUUACUUCAAAAGAAAUGGUAAGAAAGGGUGGAUAUCACUUGGUGGGGUUGUUCUAUGCAUUACAGGAACUGAAGCAAUGUUUGCUGACCUGGGUCACUUCAACAUUCGAGCUAUCCAAAUUAGUUUCUCUGGCAUUGUGUUCCCCGCAUUACUGGCUGCAUAUAGUGGGCAAGCUGCAUACCUCACUAAAUUCCCUGGUGAGGUGGAACAUACUUUCUAUAGCUCGAUUCCAGAUCCUUUGUAUUGGCCAACGUUUGUCUUGGCCGUUGCUGCUGCCAUUAUUGCUAGCCAAGCUAUGAUAUCAGGAGCAUUUGCAAUUAUCUCGCAGUCCCUAAGUUUGGGUUGCUUUCCAAGGGUUAAGGUUGUCCAUACUUCUGCUAAGUAUGAGGGUCAGGUUUACAUACCUGAGGUCAACUAUUUGCUUAUGGUCGCUUGUGUUAUAGUCUGUGUCGGAUUCAAGACCACAGAAAAGAUAGGCAAUGCAUACGGAAUUGCUGUGGUUGCUGUUAUGGUGAUUACUACAUGUAUGGUUACCCUUAUAAUGCUUGUUAUAUGGAAGACAAGUAUAUGGUGGAUCGCUCUAUUCUUAGUGGUGUUCAGUUCCAUAGAAGUGGUAUAUCUAUCAUCUGUCCUCUAUAAAUUCAAACAAGGUGGUUUCCUUCCACUUGUCUUCUCCUUUGUCCUAAUGGCAGUAAUGGGAAUAUGGCAUUAUGUGCACAAAGAAAGAUACAUGUUCGAGCUUAGGAACAAGGUUUCUAGCGAUUACAUAAAAGACCUGGCUGCGAACCCGCAUAUAAACCGAGUUCCUGGAAUAGGGCUAUUGUACUCAGAGCUUGUCCAGGGCAUUCCCCCAAUAUUCCCCCACUUCAUUGCCAAUGUUCCUUCCAUCCAUUCAGUACUAGUGUUUGUCUCCAUUAAGAACAUUCCAAUUAGUAAAGUGGCAUUGGAGGAGCGGUUUUUGUUUCGACAUGUAGAGCCAAGAGACUACAGAAUGUUCCGCUGCGUGGUAAGAUACGGAUAUAAAGAUGUAAUCGAGGGAUCAAAGGAGUUUGAGCGGCAGUUAGUAGAAAACUUGAAGGAAUUCAUCCGCCGUGAGAGCUACAUUUCUGAAGCAAGAGCCGUAGAACAGAUGGCUGAACCAGUGAACCUCCAACAUUCUACCAUAUUAGUAAAAGAUGGAAAAGCAGGCAGAUCAGGGCGUUCAUCCACAGUUCACAUGGAGGAAGUACCACAGCAGAACCCACCUCGUGUUUCUUCAGGAUCUAUCCAGUCAAUCCAUGUGGGUAGUAAGUCAACAAAUUCUUCUAGCAGAAUGGUCACUGGUCCCAUUCAGGGGGCCGAAGAGGAGAUGAAAAUUGUGCAGACAGCGCAGGAGAAAGGUGUGGUUUACCUCCUCGGAGAAGCAGAAGUGGUUGCAGAAGAGAAAUCUUCCUUGUUCAAGCAUAUAGUUGUCAACUAUGCCUAUAGUUUCCUGAGGAAGAACUGCAGGCAAGGAGAGAAAGUGCUGGAAAUUCCAAGAACUAGGCUUCUCAGGGUUGGAAUGACAUAUGAGAUAUGAGAUGAAAUCAUGAAAAUUCAGAUUGGCCUAAAAACUAUUAAGAAUUAAAAUGUGCGAAAUAAGACAUUGGAGGCUGACGUGAUAUACAUGUAUGAAUGUUUCUAAGUGGGAUAUGUACUGUGUUGACUGAUAACGAGCAGAGAUUUGUAAAACUCCAAACUCUCCUGUUGGAACAGCUUUUGGUUGUGGUUUGACUUAAAUUUGAUUUCAGAAUGUAAUGUAGUGUUCUUGAAAAUGGAUUUGAGGCUAGACCUCCGUUCGAUUGCAAUGAAA